AUGCUAUCUGGGAAUCCAGAUGAACGCACAGCUAGCUAUCUACCUACCUGGUCCGCUAAGCAGCCGAAUGACGCCUUGUCAGCUAGACAAACAAGGGUGGGGCUCGUGGCGGCCUUGAUGAGAGACCCAAAGAAUCCCGAUGACCUGGGAGAAAUCUUGGCUAGCGGUUCUUCGCAAGCUUCUGACGCCAACUGCUUCUUGGUAGCGCCUCCCCCUCCUCCAGUCAAGUUGUACAGAAAGCUCACGGGCCCGCUCAUAGUGUCGCCGUUCUUGGAGAUUCCUGAUACCCCUGGAUCAUUUGGGUUGAGCAUCUUCAGCGACUUACCCCUGCAGACUGUUGCAGCGUUGGACAGCGACUCGCAUCAAACGCUAGUUGGCCACUGGGAUGCGGAAACUGCCGGGGGCUGUCAGAAUUUCCCCAUGCAGCUGACGUCACCUCACCGAGAAGCAGCUAAUCAGGGUUAG